AACGGCUCUAUUCUUCGUGUGCCCAUUCACCUUUUUUAGCUGCACCGGAUUCCAGCAAAAGCAGUAGCGAAUCUUAUACGUGAAGAAGUAGAAAUGGUGGAAAUGUGACUAUAAAAGAGAGUUGACUAUGAAGCGUCGCAGUGAAGGCAGACAGAAGAAAGGACAGAGUGUGAACACACCUGGCUCGGAUACAGUACCAUCCCCUGCAGGACAGGCACAGAAAAAAAGUCGACGCCGCAACACAAACACCGCUGACCAAAACUGGCCCAGCAGCUCUGGAACUCCAGAUGGAAAAUUAUCAUCCGAGGAUGGCCAAAGAAAUAAAAAUAGUUUAGUAGAGCAUACGUUUUCUCCCCCUGAUUCCAGGCCAGUUAAGGUGGAGGCAGAUAAUAAUGGGGCCAGCCACAGCCCUAAUUUACCUGCUGACUUUGAUCAAAGAAAAGUUGAGAGUGUUGAGAGCACAGGCACCAGUGGAGGCUCUAGGAGAAUGCCCAAGCCAGCAAAAGUUGGCAGCACUCACUCACCACCCACUCCACCACCCACAACACGAGGUGGCAGGUCAGCGCGGCAGCCACGCAAGGACACGGACCCCAGAGUAGACUCUCCAUCGUCCAGUCUCUCAUCUUCACAGAUCAAAGCUGAGUUCAGUUCUCCAGCCACAAAACCCACGUCAGAUUCUUUGUUACAUUCUGGAACUAGCCGAGCCCAAUCAUCAGUCAAAGAGGAAGUGUCUCCGCCUGACCCAAACUAUUCACAAAAUGCGCACUACUACACCCCAGCGCACAGGAGCACACUUGCCCAGUGCUUAGGACCUUCUCCAAAAAGUGAGAACCUGCCAACAGGUAGCACCCAGUUGAAGAGCUCCCCAGCAACCAGUGCCCUGGCCAGCAGUGAGGCCACCAAGGGCCAGACUGUGAUGGCCGCUGGCCACUACUUCCACACCCUGUCCUCAGCAGGCAGCACCAACAUUGUCACCCUGGCAGAUUUUGGGCCCAAGGUUUCUCUUGCAGAACAUGACUCGCACAACAAUGCUUCUCAAAUGAUGAAGCAGCCAGGGUACCAGGUCACUGGGCUGCCUUCCUCUGCCUAUUCAAUCUCUAUCCCAUCAGCCAGGGUAGGUUUAACAUCAGCUGAGUCAUCGAUGGCAAGCAGCUAUUAUCCCCCUGCUUCGUUAGGCUUACAUAUGGGAUCAGCAGCCAUAACUACAGCUUCAAUCUUAAGCCAGCAACUGAGUGGUCCUGCCAAAGGUAAUCUUUUAUCCAAUGCAUUUAGCACUAGCAGCUUGCCAUACACAAACAUCUCGUCCUUUUCCUCGGCGCCACUCCACUCCUCACACCCUGAGCAGGAUAUUGAGAAAAAAUGUAUCGCUAUUCCGCCCAAGAAAAGAAAAGCAGCAGAGAUGGACGACUACCCCCAGUCCCCAGUGGUGGGCUCCGUGCCCAUGCAUGUGUUGCCUGGUCCUGUCGUCAAGAGGCCGCUACUGGACUUGAAGGAGUGGAAGAACCAGCGUGUCCUGGCCAAGAGGAGCGGAGUGUUUGAUGUGGCCAUCAUCAAGAGGAUCCACCCCACCAAUCAGGAGCUGGAGGUGCAAUUUGACUCGGACCACGCCUGUAUGAACUUUCCCAACGUCUUUGAUCUCCAGAACUGUAUGCUAGUGGGGGACAACUACCCCCAGGUGGCCACGCUGACUGUGGGGAGGGCCGUGUGUGUGCGGGUCAACCAGGACUCCAGUGUGUUCCACGAGGGUGUGAUUGUUGAAAGGAAAAACACCAACCCAGCCACAUUCAGGGUGAAGCUUAAGAUGUUGUAUCAGAACCAGGAGGAAAUCACAUCUUCAAGGGUUAACAUUCGCCUUCUUCAGCCACCCUGGUUUGAAGAUUUAGAAGAUGCAUCGGUAGCCCCAGGGGUGGGAGCAUCAGCCACCCCAGGGGUGGGGGGUGAGAGUGGUGAAAUGUGUUUUUCACCCGUCAGUCACAUGCCUGGCUCCUCCCACCAGGGAGCCAUGUAUCGCCUGGAGCGGCCCGUCUCCUCUAGCGCUGGCUCGUUGGAGCAUGUUGACACGUCUGAUGAUGAGAUGCUCAAUGACUCCAUCAGCUUUGACUCAUCUGGCAUGAGCACGCCAAGGUCAGGCAGUGCCACCCCUGGCUCUGGGUCAAGGUCACAGAAUGGUAGGAAGAAUCCACCCAAAAAGCGUGACCCAGACCGUAGUCGCAGUGCCCAAUCUACUGAGAGCUCGAGGUCGAGUACCCCCCGGUCACCACUGAAUGGGAAGUACAAGAAAGGUGACGUGGUUAGCGCUGCCAAUGGCAUCAGGAAAAAGUUCAAUGGCAAGCAGUGGAGAAGACUUUGUUCAAGAGAAGGAUGUACCAAGGAGUCCCAGAGACGAGGCUUUUGUUCCCGUCACCUGUCACUGAAAGGCAAGAGCCUCAGACAGGCUCCAACUUUCCCUGGAGCUCGUCAGAGUGGGAUGAAGGAUGGUCAGAUGGAGUGGCCAGGUGAAGGACAUGGAGAAUUUGACCGGGAGAGAAUGAUCAGCAAUAGGUUUGAUCCUGAUGAAACUGAAGCUGCCAACAUGCUUGUCUCGCUGGGAAAUUCCCGCUCCACAAGUCCGUCUUUCCCCCCCAGUCCAGCGCAGGGUGGACUGGGUCCCAUGCAGUCCCCCACAGGCCCAUACCGGUCAUCGACAUCUUUUACCCCCAUCUCCCCCCACACCAACCCACAGAAUCCAGUCUUUGUGUCCUCACCUGCCAAAAGCUGGAGCUCUAAGUCUGGCAGUUCGUCUUCUGACCAUGUGUCUCCCAUCACACCAAGGUUUCCUUCAGCACCUGGCUUGUUCCAGCCCCAGGCUUUAGACGCCAGGAUGUUGUCCAAAAACCGCAGUAUAUCUCUGUCACUGGUCAAGCAGGACUCAGGACACAGUGAAGAUUCAGGUGUGGACGUCCACACGCCAAAAUCCGCAGGUCCAGCAUCCAAAGUGCCGUCAACUGUUGGUCUGUUUGGUCCUGCUGGGGGGCGGGGGAUCUCUGGUGAUUCUCAGGCCAGAGAAUCAACAGUUGCUAGACAGCUCCAGGUGAACACAUUACCUGACCAAGAGCGCCAGAGGUUUGUCUCUGACUCUGGCUUCCCACCUGCGAGUGUAGGCGCUUCAGUCAUCAGACCGCGGCAGCUGGACCGGACCUACUCAGCAUCAUUGGAGCAUGAGACCAGGUUUCAGCAACCCAAGGCCUCCCCUGUGGGCAACUUACUUCAGAACCAGACCAUUGUAAGAAGAGAUGCCAUUGAUCCAUCUCACAUCAGGGUGCAGGGAUGUGUAGAUCACUCACCCUCUGAACAGCUGAUCAUUCGACAAACUCCAGCCCACUUUGCUAGCCCGCAUCACACAACCAGUGCCCUCACACAUCACACGAGUGCACACACACAUCACACUAGUACACAGCCUAACUCAGAACCCAUGCUGAACUCAACCAACUUAACAGUGGGAGCCCAGAUUACCCAUCAUGCACCACAGCCAUCUUUUCAUGGGAUAGAAGCGCUGCCUUCACCCACCCAGCACCUGCCCUUGAUGCACUCUACCCCAAUGACCAGCCUGACCAGUGCCCUUGAGGCCAGUGGGAAGCACGUGGAAGGGAGUAAUGUGUUUGCUGACCGCAGGCGUCUAGAGGAUGUUUCUCAUGAUGGGGAAGUUCGUGUGUAUCCCUGGCAGUGUCUGGUGCCUUUCCUGAACAUCUCAAGCAGCACAGCUAUACAACAUGCAGCCACACCUCCCCCUCCCACAAGUCAGACUCCCCCAGCCACCAGCACCCCACACCUCCACACAACAAGCCAGCCAAUCACAGCUAACAGCCAAAAUGAGAGGCUACCUUCAGUGCAAACUGCCGAUGCUGGUUUGAAGGAUGAAGAAGGGCUUGAGGAUGAUGAUGACGAUGUGUUUGAACCCAUCACAACAGAAUCUCCCAAAUUUUCUCCCAAAUCUCAAGCUAAGUCAGUCAAGAGGAGGACGCAAUCACUGAGUGCACUCAAGGACAAGGAUGAGAAGACAAGGAAGAGCAAAGACCAUAUUCGAAGGCCUAUGAAUGCUUUCAUGAUAUUCAGCAAGAGACACAGGGCUAUGGUGCAUGAGAGGCACCCUAACCAGGACAACCGCACAGUCAGCAAAAUUUUGGGAGAGUGGUGGUACGCCUUGGGACCAGAGGAGAAGCAGCGGUAUCACGACUUGGCGGCCAGGGUCAAGGAAGCCCAUUUUAAAGCCCAUCCAGACUGGAAGUGGUGCAGCAAGGACCGCAAGAGGUCUGGCACUAUAGCAGCCACACUAAACAAGCAACAUGACAGCAGACUCAGUUCUACCGAGGAUAUUGACCUCUUAGGUGUACCCAGUGAACCUGCCACACCCACUGAACCUCUCCCCCGGACCAAACAGCCGAGCCUGGAGGACCCAGUGUUUGAUGAACCUAUCCUGUUGCCACGACAACGACCUCACAGCCUGUCAGCUGUUCCCAGGGAUGAAGAUGCCAGCAGUGCCUUUGUACCUUUUGUGCCUGUGAGUUCAAGUGUCAAGGACAAAAGAAAAGACACCCGCCCUCAGAUCACGGCCCCACAGACCAACCAUGUGACGCCACCGUCCAACCAUGUGACGCCACCGUCAUCACGACGGACAUCUCUCAAGAAUGAGGAGGAGGACAGUGAUGAUGAUUCCAAGAUGGUCAUCUGUGAAGAAGAAGAGACCAGCCAGCCAGGUGACAUUGAUCUGAAAUGCGCUGAACAAGUCUCUGAUUCAGCCACGGAGAGUGACAACGAGGACGAGGGACUAAUAGAGAACAAGGCUUUUCCCCAGCAAAGGUUCUCACCUGUCAUGAAACAGGUGACCCAGGCAGAUCUGCUGCACCCAAAGCCCAUCAAGCCCACCUCAGGCAGCUACAGCAGCAGCUUCAGCAACCCUGUGGUGACCACCAGCUAUGUCAGCAACCCUGUGGUGACCACCAGCUAUGUCAGCAACCCUGCUGCAACCACCAACUACACCAACCCCACGUCAUCGUCUGGCUAUGCCAACCCUCCAGCAACCAACAGCUAUGCCAACCCUCCAGCAACCAGCAGCGGUGUAUACACCAACCAGCCAGAGAUGCCCUCUCUCCAAUCAGCCAAUAAGGAGGCUCUAGCACUGCCACGCCCAUCCAGUACUGGCUCAGGCUUCCAGCCCAAAGGGGAUGUGUUCCAGCAGGCCAAGCCCAAAAGUAAACUCCAGAGGAUGAUGUCAGUUGGAAGUGUGGAGAAUAUUUCCCAAGCUGUCCAGAAGCAGCUUGAGCUGAAGUCAUCUCGCAGUGAAGAUAAGCCAGACACCCCCAAACAGAGCAACUCUGGCUUCUUUAGCCACCACACAACUGAGAAACUAGGUGGCAUGAAGAUCCACAACAUUACAGUGAUGCAGGAUGACAGACAGCAGAUCCUCAUGUCCAGCAACAUGCAGACUACCAUGGGACGGCAGGAUGGGCCGGUGCUUGGGAAAAUUUCCAGAGUCAGAGGAGUCAGGGGACAGACAUCCCAGAACCAGCCAGGUAAUCCAGGUGUACAGCAAGCAAACAGCCAGGUGCCACAGAACUCUUACAUCCAAAUUUCAUCAGCCUCUGGCCCCCUGCAGCUGAUGACCUCACAGAUCUUGAUGAGCAGUACCAGCACCAGUGACACCAUGACACCAGCAUUUGCCACCACAGUUAAACCUAUCUCCACACCUGUACCCAUCGCCUCCAAGCCUAUCCCUCACUCCCCGUCGCCAGUAGGGGGCGUGGCUAAACCAGCCACCAUCCAAGCCCUUCAGCAGCAGCAAACCAACCUUAAGAACAACCCUGUGGUUGUCAUUCAGGGCAACCAGUAUGCUGGGAUGACAGUGGUCAAUGCUAACAGACUUUCUGGACCAGCCAGUGUCACACCACAAGCAUUUAUGACUGCUACAUUAAGAAGUAUGACCCCUCCUCAAGUCAAUACAAUGACCCCUUCUCAUGGGAACACAAUGACCCCUUCCCAUGGGAGUACAAUGACCCCAGCACAAGGAAACAUGACCAGCACACACGUCAGCUCACAGCAACAAGUUCACCAGCAGGUUCAGCAGCCAACUUUUCUUACAACUGGACUUUUCCUAAAGGCCAAUACCACCACCUUGACCCAGCAGCCAACGAAUAUCCAAACCUUGAGUCUCUCACCUGGCCAGGCAUCUCAACAGCCUACACAUGUCAAGUACAUCCUGCCAUCACUGCAAGUCCAGGGUGCUGCACAGGGCAGCAAAGUUCUACAGAUGGCUCUACCUGGCACCACCAUCCAACCCACCAACUUGUUAGCUGUGGCCAGCCCUGGACCUUCUGGUCAAGCCAGUCCCAUUCCUGCUGGCAAGAUCCAGAUCCACAAAGUCCAGAGUUCCCAGCACCAGCAGGUAGCCAUGCUGGUCCAGUCGCCAGCCACAUCUGUAGGGCAGGUUCAAAUCUCAACCGGAACUUUUGCCCCACCCAUUGUGUGCCUGUCCAUGGCGCCAUCGUCCAACAUUCCAGGUCUUCAGGCUGCCUCGGGCAACAUCCUGACCCAGACUGCUGCCAUAGUGCAGGGCAACCUACGUCAGGGCCAGCAGAGAAUCCUGCUGCCCACAUCACAGAAGCUAAACUAUGUUCCCCAACAAGUGACCCUGACCUCAGGAGCCAAGGGAGAGACAAUCCAGUAUGUGCCAGCCUAUGUCAGCUCAGUCCCAGCAGGUCAGCAUGUUCUGGUCCAGCAGUCCACUCAGCCAGUGAGCUCCCCCACCAUCACCCCUGCCCUCAACUCCCAGGUGCACAUCUCCCAGCAUGCCCCAGCUACAGGAAGUAGCAUGACAGUGUCCCAACAGGCAACCAGAACUUUGUCAAGUAUCCUGGCCACCCAGUCUCCACCACAAACAUCAAGCCCUAAGUUUUACCAAGGCUCAAUGAACAUAAAGACCAAUGUGAUGAGUACAGAGGGUAAGGCAGCUGAUAUUGGCUACAUCAGUAGCCCCAACUUUCUACAGAAGUCUAACCGGGUCAAGGCUACAACUGCACAUGUGCCUGUAGCCACUGAGAGUUUGAAGCCCUUGCAGUCCCCAAGGUCUCAAGUGACCAUCAACUCCCCCAUGGCCAGUCCAGCCUCCACACCUUCCCCCUCUCCUGGCCUCAUUCAUCAAGCUCAGAGUCCAGGUCAAGGCCAUUACAGCCAGCAGCAUGUAUCCAGUCCCAGCCACCCUCGAGUGCCACCAGUAUCAGAUCUGCAACAGCAUCACUACUCUCAACACCCACAGCAGCAGACCUUGAAUGAGGAGACAAAAGGCUCCCCAGCACGGGGCAAAAAGCUGCCCAAAAAGGUGCGCAUGAUGUCACCAGACUCUGGAAGUUCCUCCAGCCAACAUGGACAACAGGACUACCAGCAGCAGUAUGGAGGGGUCUCCAACACCAUGGCCCAGGGAUCACCCCAGCUCCACCCCACAGGGGGGUCACAGGAUAUCCUCUCACCCUCUGGCCAGCAGACCAAACACAAGCACAAGCCCCCACCACUGAACGUACCUCUACAUGUCCAGGCUCCCAGUGCCACCAACUCUCCCACUGUUGCCUGCAGUCCCAGGAAAAGUAUCAUUAAAAAAUCUAAGGAGGAUGCCAUGGACAGAGUACUGCUUGAUGUGGACUUUAAGAAACACUUUGAGAGUCUGCCCAAGUUUGUUCCAGAAGAAUCUGCUGCCACCACCCCCCUGCCUCAGUCCCCAAGGGGCAUCAUCACAGGCUACAAACAGAAAAUUUCCAACUUAGCAAAAGGUGAAGACAGUGACCCCAGCAAGCAGUCCAGCGAGUCGGAAACACCUACACCCAAAACUCCCAAGAGUAGCCGACCAGAUGACCGGCGCUUCUUUGGGGAAAAUUUUAAUCUGGACCUGGCUAAUACAAAUCCCAAAAUUUUUGAGUUUGAAGGUGAUCCAAAUUCUCCUCGCACACCAAAGACACCCAGUUCACCUGGGGCCUUCUCCAAUAGACGAAUGCUUGACCAGAGACGCCAGCUUGUCAUGCAGCUUUUUCAGGAACAUGGACUUUACCCUUCAAGUCAAGCAACGGUUGCAUUCCAAAACAAAUACCAAGAAAUAUUUCCCAAUAAAAGCUGCCUGCAGCUGAAGAUCAGGGAGGUGAGGCAGAAAAUGAUGGCCUUCCACCAGGGUACACCCAAAACACCAACGACGCCAUCAGCUGCAUCCUCCUCGUCAUCAUCAUUGAUGGAAGUGCCAGAGCCAUCCAGAUCUUCCCAAGCCUCCACACCUCUGUCUACCACCCCCUCGUCUCACUCCACUCUAGCGCCGUCUGCUGGCCAGACGGGCGCGACGCUGUCAGUCCCCAGCAGUAGCCAAUCAACCGUGGAGGUUGGCCGGAGGACGUCCCCACUGGCCAGGUCACCCCUGGCCAAGUCACCACUCACCUUCAAUAGUGUGCAGUAGCUCAGAGAUUUUGUUUGAAGUUCUGGGUACUUUAUCUUUGAAGGCAGGACUUGCUUUAUGUUGAUGUGUAAGUUAGCUGGCUUCAUGAGUUGUUUUACCACACCUAAUGGUUGCUGUUGUUCACCAAAUGUGAUUUUCUUUUUUCAACAUUUUUGCCAUAUUUUUAGUUCUCCUUGUUUUAUUAAAUUUUUACAUGUGAGGUCUAUAAAAAUGUCAUGCAAAUAAAAUAGAAUGUUUGAUAAUAUAAUGAAUGGGUCGGUAAAAAAUAGAUAAUAGUUGCGCAACUUGAUCAUUUGUAUGGCUAGCUUCAUUUGAAUGGCUGAGUUUUUGUCUAAAUGUGUUGAAAUGGUGCAUAAUUAGUAGCUUCUAACAAGGUUAUUCAAAUGAUUGACAAAUAAAGACAUGUAUGGUGAGUUAGCAGGUUGUCACUAACACAGACAAACCCUGUAACACGACAUGAACCCUGUAACACAGACAUGAACC